GAUUAUAAUCUUUAAGUGAUUUCAUUACUUGUUUUAGGAGGUCCAUCAGUUUAAUAAAUGAGUGGCAGGAACUUUCCUCAGCAGUCAGUGUUCAUUAGAUGCACAUUCAAAUUCAUUCACAGUUUUAAUGAAUCUGAGCAUGGCAUGCUCCUCAUUUGCUCUGAAAGCUGUCAAAUGUGAGAUGCUUUUGGCUGUGAAUGCAGAUUUGCAAAAUUGAUGUAAUUUGUAUUUGGCAGGCUGUAUUUGGCUUUUUAUUAUCACUGAGAAUAUUCUGCUCAAAUUCACAAUCUGUUGUUACCAUUAGCAGUGUUCAUUAUCCAGACAGCAGGCAAGAGCUCUAACCGCAUGGAGGACUUAACACUUGUUUAACACUGCAGCUGUUGAGCUCUUAGACAAUAGAUUUUGACAUAAAAGCCCUCAACAGUGUUUACUGAAUAAGAAGCAGAAGUGUGUGGAUGUAAGAAGCCACCAAUGUAAUGGACAAAGCCCCACAUUCUGCUUCCUCUCUACUCUGCCUGUUUGUAACUCGGCCUGUGAUCUGCUUUUAUGGCGCAUUUCUUGCGCUGAGCUGUGAGUUUUAGUUGGCAAACACAGGUGAUGCUUCAGGUUAUAUAUAAAUUCUAGAACUCACCUGCCAGUAUCAGAGACACUGACUGGGCUACCAUGAACCUGAUGCACCUCAGGAUUUUCAUACUGUGCUUGUAAGUAUGCUCCUUGUUGCAUAAAAAAUACAUUUAGAAUGGAUUAAUGAUGUGAAUUAAGGACUAGCAUGAUAACUGAUGUACGUUCUAAAAAAAGUAUAUUGCUGUGUUUGUCUUUAUCCACACAGGUAUUUUGUCUUGCCUGUAAGUGGCAAUGUUUUGCCGGUCUACAAACUAGACUGGAUAGACAGCCCUCCUGCAGAUACUGCUGAGGGGGAUGUGGAAUGCUUCUCUGAAUAUAUGGAGCUCUGGAUCCAUAGAAUGAGGAUUGAGGGACUGAGGCUAUGGCUUUCUACAAUUUUGAGGAUUCAAGUUUCACUUACAUCUCUGGAGAGCCUAAACCAUCAGCUGUCUGCAUGUGGGUUUGGCCUGCAUAAAGAUCCUGACAGGAACUACAUCUUCAGAGUCAUGUACAGUGGGUGCUUUGUACAGUUGGAGCGUGGACAUUAUGUGAUUGCACUGAAUUUGAUGAAGAGAAUAAGCCGUUUUGGAGGAAGGGCACAUAAUUAUGUAAUGAAGUGUCCUGUAGUGGCAGCACCACCCAACAGAGAGCAUAUUCAGUGUGACCCUGAUUUCAUACAGGUUACCAGAGAGAUCCCAAUGGACAGUUGGAACAAUGAGCUCACUUGGUCUAUUGCUUUGAGAGGACGUCUGGUGGUCGCACUGGAAGAUGCCAGUCUCAUUCAAGUAAACGCUGACAUACAGAAACCGUACAUUACUGUUCAAGGCCAGAGGAAUGUGGUUCUGAGUCCUGUACAGGUUCUACAAACAGAAGGUCAGUUCCUACCUCUCAAGCUGGUCAGUGGGAAUUAUGCCUAUAGCAUGGAGGCUACUUGCCCAAAUGUGAAUCAGUACUCAUCUAAGGACACAGUACUGCACAUAUACAAGCGCCGCAUGGGUUUAACCAAGAGAGGAGGCUAUGAGAAUGAAACCUUGUCAGUCAGCAGUGUGUCUGUAAACCAGACAAACACAUUUACCUGGUCUGAAACCAGUGGCUUUGUGCAGCUCAUCAUACCCACAACACUUAUUCAGAAAAUUAAGAAUUGCCCCAAUGAAAAAGAUCCAAACCUCCAGCAGGCUGUUUUCAGAAUAGACGUCAUCCUCACUUUUAGAGAGACAAAUAACAAAAUGCUAUGGACUAUGGAGAACAAGUCACCCUGUUCAGAUUUUCGAAUUCCUUCAGCGGAGGCAGAACCUCAAACAACAGUGAAAUCUAAACCUCUAGAGACAAACCAUACAGAUAUAAACCCCACAUUUCCAUAUUCAGACACCACAGUUGGACCACUGAUUUCUACAGAGGCUUCUUUUUCUAUGGACCACCAAGCAUCAGUUGAGACAAGAGAGGAAGGAUUUGUCAGCACAUUAAAAUCUAGCCAAACUUUUCUAAAUACUGGGGUAACCACAGAAUCAUCAGUGUCUUUAUGGAAAAGCAGUUCAGCAGAAACUGACACAACUAAAGUGCUUAACAGCACCGACCCAGUGUUAGAUUUCACAGGGGAGCUAAACGAGCAGAUACCAACUAAAUCCGUAUACCUGAGCAUGAGCUAUAUGAAGGGUUUGCUUCCAACAAUGUCCACAUAUGUGACAAAAAAAUUAAACAUGGAGACAGAUGCAACUAUAACCAAUUCCUUGCUAAAUGGUCAGCCAAAAACAUUUGUAGAUUUGUCUCAGACUACAGAAACCACAUUGAUUACAACAGAGGGACCACCUAACUGGACCACAACCAACAGAAUUAGCUCAACACCAGAUAAUACGGUUAACAAAGCUGCACUGUUUACUGCAGCUCCUUCUUACACUGGAAAAUUCAACACUACAUUUAAGUGGAACUCUGAGACAUCACCCCUGUCUUCAGAGAGUGCUACUAAACCACUGUUAGAGUCAAAGAGGGUUGUUAUGACAAAGACUGUUUCUACCAUCACUUUACACACUCAAACUGACUCCCUAAAGCCCCUUCGACUCCAUCAAGAACACACUCCACCGUCCCCAUCUCCUCCUCAACCUGAUAUUAUGGAACACUCAACAGACACUUAUCAGACAGCAUCCAAAUCACACAGCAACAGAGGAUAGUACAGGCUUAUUUUAAAUGAAAUAUUCAAAUAUUCUUCCACAGUAUUUUAGAUUAUUUUACAUGUUAUAAAAACAGGAUUUCUUAAUCUGGCGAUCGCAACCCCAAUGGGGUUCUAACAGUCACUGGGGAUGGCAGGAGUGAUGCAAGCAAAAGGCAUUUUCUCUGCAAAAUAAGCUCAGAAUCAGAUCUGUACAUAAUCCAGAGUUGCCUUUUCACUGAACCUCUUUGACUCAUGCUCAUUAUGGGUCUAUAUGUCCAAGUUUGAUUAAAAAUUUGCUCUUUUCAUGAAGGUAGAACUGAAAGCAGGAAUGCAAAGAUGAUGUCUAGAAACAUCCACUUUCAGAAUCAGUAUUUUGUGCCCUUACACAAAAAAAAAAAGAAAUACAAAACCCAUCUUGCUGUAGAAGAUUAUUUGAAAAUGUUAUUGAGUCAUUUGUGAGACAUUUUGGUUCCUUAAUACAGAUCCAACCAUCAUGUUAUAUGAGUAAACUUUUAUAACUAAAGGUUAAGUUAAAAAGGUUAAUGUAUUAAAUAGAUAACUAAUAUACUGCAUGCAAUUUUCUAUUUACAAAAUACUAAAUAUUGUAAUCGAAAAGUAUGACUCGUUAUUUCAUUGCCACCAAAUUUGAUCUUUAAGUACCGCUGUUUCAACACAGUUGGCAGGAAAUAGCUUUUAUAAAAAUUAAAAGGAACAGAGAAUGACAUGACCUUUAUGGAUACAAGUAUCUGCUCAUUCAUUGUUCUUCCAAAAUCAAGGGUAUUAAAAACUGUUUAUCUUGCGUUCUACUAGAUUUUGAAUCAUUGAUUUGAUUGUUUUUGUCACAAAAACAGUUAAGGACUGAAAAAGCUUGUUAGUGAAAAGUACAUUUUAAAACCAACAUGCUACAUCCAAGUUCUUCAAAAAUGCAAGAAACGUUUCAGAAUGGACAUUUACUUGGGUAAUUUACAGUGAUGUAUACAUUUUAAAUUGAUACAUUUAAAAUAUAUUAUUUUGGAAUUGCUGUAUAUUGAUCUAAUGGUAAAUAUUUUGAAUAUUGAUCUGAUUGUGACUUCUUAAUGCUUUACAGUUUUCUACAACACUACUAGGCCUGUCCCAAUAAUCAUGCUAUUGAUAUACAGUGUAUCACAAAAGUGAGUACACUCCUCACAUUUCUGCACAUUACUAUUUAAGUAUAUCUUUUCAUGGGACAACACUGACCAAAUGACACUUUGACACAAUGAAAGGUAGUCUGUGCACAGCUUAUAUAACAGUGUACAUUUAUUCUUCCUUCAAAAUAACACAAUAUACAGCACUUGAUAUUCGAGACCUUCCACUUGAGGAUGCCCCAAAGGUGUUCUUUUCUCAUUAUCAAUCCCUCAAUGAAAUGUAACUCCCCAAAACCUGCUGCACUCAUGCAGCCCUAGACCAUGUCAUUCCCACCACCAUGCUUGACUGUAGACAUGACACACUUAUCUUUGUAUUCUUCAUCUGAUUGCCGCCACACGUGCUUGAGACCAUCUUAACUAAACAAAUUAAUCUUGGUCUCAUCAGACCAUAGGAUAUUGUUCCAGUAAACCAUGUCCUUUGUUGACAUGUCUUCAGCAAAUUGUUUGCAGUCUUUCUUGUGUACAGACAAUUUGAUGUAGUGUGCGACAUAUGGCCUGAGCACUGACAGGCUGACCCCCCCUACCUCUUCUUUUUUCAAUGUCUUAAUAUUCUAGAAAAUGUAAGGUUUAUUGCUCCUUUAAAUUGUGUAACUGCAUUAUUAUACUAUUAUACUGUAUUGGUGUUACAUAAGUGGCCUAAAAUGAUCUACAAUGUAAAUAAUAUAAUUUAUCACAAUUAUUUCACAAUUUAAUGGCAACGCAUCUUUCUAAAUAAAUAAAUAAUAAAUAAACCAUACUAGGGCUAAGCACCAACCAUUACUUAUACAUAUACAUUUUAUUAUUUUUAUAUGUUUAUUACCAGUCCUAUUUUUUUAACAAUGUAUUUAAAGGUUGUGAAAUAAACUGCAACAAUACAUGAAGCUAAGCUGCUGUUUGGCGUUUGAACUGUAACUAUGGAGCAUUCUGUAGAUGUAAUACUGUAAUUGUGGGCUACCUCUGGGUAAAUGUAAGCAGCGUCUGCCAGUGCUGUCGCAGAGGACUGUGCCGCUGUGAUCGUCCUGGCAGAAAACAAAAUCAUGCAGCUUCAUGGCAACUACUGCCUGGAGGCAUGCUACUACAACCACAGACCGCGCUUUGAAGCGGUGCGGCUUUUCAUGUUUUCAGCAACUGCCACAACCACUAAAAUAAGCACAUACUGCAUAGCAUGUGCUCUCACUGCAUUUACUAAAUUAGGAAGCAGUGUAACACCAAAGUGCAAUGCAGUGUUUUAACAGGGUGUACAUUUAGGUCCAAGAUAGUAAACACAGUA